AAAAAACAAUCUAAAACCUAAUAUCCGGUUUUCCGGAGAUUGUCAACACUAUUUUGCAUUUUUUAGUAGGGAAAGUAUAAGCUAUGCUUAGUUUUACCCGUCAAGUUCUCAGCUGUGCUAAAUAUGUGAGCAUUUCACCUGCCUUAAAGUAUUUGACAGCAGUGGGUCUCACAUCCAGAUUGGUUCUUUCACAGUCAUAUUGUGAUGCAGCGGGAAGUGAUGAAGUUUCUAAAGCAAAGCAGGCCAAGAAAACAGCUGAGCCGACCAUAUUCUCCAAGAUUAUAGACAAGUCCAUACCUGCAGACAUUAUCUAUGAAGAUGAUCAGUGUUUAGCCUUUAACGAUGUGUCACCACAAGCUCCUGUUCAUUUCCUUGUGAUUCCUAAGAAACCAAUAGCCCAGAUUAGUGAUGCUGAACAGGGAGAUCAAAUGUUACUGGGGCAUCUGUUGCUUGUUGCAAAGCAGGUUGCAGAGAAAAGAAAUCUUGAAAAUGGAUACAGAAUAGUGAUAAACAACGGUCCAGAUGGAAGUCAGUCUGUGUACCACCUUCAUAUACAUGUCCUCGGAGGAAGACAGAUGGGAUGGCCUCCAGGAUAAAGAACUCUUUUCAUGUCCACUAGAAAGUGCCAAUGAAAAUGUGCUAUAUAUAGAUGAAAUCAAUUAUAUUAUAUUCAAACAUAAAAAAAUAG